AGCGGGAUGUUUUGUACGUUCUUGUUAUACACACUAGGGAGAAAAGAUGGCACCUGAGAUCCAAGCGGUUGCUCGUGCUACUCAAACCUGGCUGCGGUCGUCUUCGCACGUCCAGGUGCCCAUCGCCUGGCUGGAAGCCUGCGUUGAGUGGCUGCAGGAAGAGGCAGGCGGAGCAGGCCGUCUGUCUCAGCAGCAGGUCAAUCAACAGGCACUGGACCAGUGGUUGUUGACAGACCUGAGGGACCUGGACCACCCUGUUCUUCCUGAAGGGAUCAGUCAGGCCCAGAAGACCGAGCUGAGCGGGAUCUUCUGUGUCCAGGUGGAUUCUUUGCUGGACGUCAGUCAGCCUGCGUACGGUCAGCUGCAGAGCUGGAGGGGAACCGACUGCGCCAACGACGACGUGUCUUCGGUCACUCAGAUCACUCAGCGACCCUGGGAGGCCAGACCGACCCGCAUGCUACUACUGCAGGUGACCGAUGGAGUCCAGAGCCUGGAGGCCAUGGAGUAUCAACCUAUUCCUGCACUCAGCACCGCUCUCAGGCCUGGUGCGAAGCUGCAGCUGAAAGGGAAGUUGGUCUGCAGACUCGGGGUGCUUCUGCUGGGGCCGUCGAACGUUAAAGUCCUGGGUGGUGAAGUGGAGGACCUGGUGCAAAGAAAUAACCAGGGUCGGGUCCUGUGUCGGACGCUGGGACUUCCUGAGGAGGAGCAGCAGCAGCAGCAGGCGGGGGAGGAGGUCCAACUAGCACAACAAGGUAACCAGGAGGUCGACGACCUGGAGCUCGAUGAUGCAGAAUUGUUGGCCAGUCUCGAGACCCAAGAGAUGGUCGGGAGGGUCCCAGCUGUUAGAGACAGUGGCUACGGGACCCUCAGCGAGACCUCCACUCUGUCCUCUAGAAGCUCCUCUGUCAGGAGUCUCGUCUCCACGACAUCAUCCAGAAGUGGUACGACCCAGAGCAGCAGAGGUGAUCCACUCCAAGGCCGUCACCGUGGUAACCAACAAGAUAAUUCUCACCUCUCGGACGUCUUGCCUCCCGAACGAGCGAUCCCAGACCACAACCCGACAGACGAAGACUUCCAAGAUGAGGACUUUGAGGAUCUCCCCCUGGAUGAGUUGGAUGUCGAGAUGUUUCAACAAAGCGCCGACGUUAGCAGCAGCACUCACAGGAGCACGGGGAACCAUAACCAAGCAACAGAACCACAAACUGUGAUCGGCUCUGGGCCGCGGCUUGAUUUUAACGACUCCAGAUCCACCGCGCAGGGCUUCAGUGGAGGAGCUACAGAGCAGAUUGUAAAGCCAUCACACCAAUCAGGAGCUGAUCCUAAUGAUGAGAAUGAUUUCAUGGAUCUCGAUAUGGACUGUUUUCUGGAGGAGGUGGAAACUGGGAGAAAUGGAGCGCCAAAUCAGCUCCCUGUUCAUCAAGGACCUAGAGACCAAACCAGAAGUUCAAGCUCCAGUUGUAGACCUACCAGCCUCUCUUCAAGAACUGAUCCACAUCAGAAACAAAGCACCACCUCUAGCUUCACAGAAACGGAGAGAUUUUCAUCUGCACCAAGUCGUAGCUCAGGUCCUGCUCUCACUCUAACCUCGCCUCCUUUUACGUAUUUGUGCCUGCUGGAGGAGAAGAAAUCCAAAGAUCAGAACCAACCCGUGGAGAUCCGUGUCAAAGCUUUCAUUGUGACUCUCCUGGGGAAGCUUAGCAGCAGCAGCGGCCUUUGGCGUGUCUGCGCUACAAUAUCCGACGGAACGGGCUACCUGGACGUGGAGCUCUCUGACGAGGUUUUGACCGGCCUGCUGGGAUUCUCGGUGGCGGGAAAGUCGAUACUGAAGCGAGACCCGGCCCGGAGAGGGGAGCUGGACGCCGGCAUGAGGCGCUGUCAGGAGGAGCUGGUGGACAUGUGCUGUGUCAUGACCAUCGUGGUCGAAGCAGAGGGCGGGAAAGCUGUCGUGACAAAGGCAGACCCGGUCAAUGAAAAUGCGCUCCGGGAGCUGGAGCAGAGGGUUAAAGAAACGAGGAGGUAAACUUAGAAGGGAGGUUGAGGGGUAGUAGGCGGUAAUGAGGAAAUCACAGGCAGCUGAGAGGUACAUUGGCCUUUAAAUUGACACAAAUUUAACUCCUCAUCAACAUUGCCUUGAAUGUUUCCUCCUCGUGUUAGGUAAUUUCUUUUAAAGGCUUCCUGAUCAACCGAGAGCAGAAUGUGUGAACGGGAUGAUCAGCAGGCUGCGUGUUGAAAUGCAUCCCAUCUGCUACAUGUGAAUGUGACAUUCUGUCAUUUGUCAUUAGAGGAAAUCAUUCAUCUAUUCACAGAGCUAUUUUCAGCCUUGAGCUCCGAUGCAUCGCUCCCAAAAAGAAGGCAGAUUACAGAUGUAUCUGUGUUGUAUCGUAAUAACAUAUUUGUUACAAAAAAGGAAGAAAGCAUUCUCAGUUUUUUUUUCUGUGCUUUCAUUCUCUGAGACGAGAAGAGUGAAGCAUGUGGGAUGAGAGCGGGGAAGUUAGGCGGGGAGACCAGACAAGAAAUUACAUUUUGAUUGUGUUAAUGAAUUGGCAGCCUUUGCAUUUAUUCAGUACAUCCAUUACUUCUGACUGACAAAUGAUUAAAUAUCCAAGGGCACCGUUGGUCUUUAAUAAACCCCCCCUUAGAGAAUAAUGAGAGGAGAAGAUGAUAAAGGAGAGACCAUGAGCUCCGAUUAUUUCUUCUCAUUAUAGAUCCUCAUCUGUGUCCCCCCCCCCUCUUGAUUAAUACACACAGCACACAUUUGAUUCUUGAUUCUGUAUUUACUGUGUGUAGUUGUCUUGAUUGUUCUGUAGGUUUUUAUGAGUUUGUCGACAAAUAAAAUGUGUUUCAAAGA